GCAAAUGUCAGUUUCAGUCUGUGACGUGUUGAGCAGGAGGAAACGUGUUUUGUUGUAAUUAACGCAAAAAAAUGGGCAGGACGAUAUUAGUCGACGAACAUGUCCAGAAAUAUUUAGAAAAACUAUCGUCUUUAGGAAGUUGGCACAUAGGAUUACUUAUUGGACAGUUCACUCAUCAAAAGAAUUAUGUCCUGCAUGCAACUGUCACCCCAGACCCUGUGGAAGACGAAGUGUCUGAUAUGGAACAGGAAACACCGGCACCAAAGAAGACCAGUUCCAAACCAAAGAGCUUAGAAGAACUCAACGACCAAUGGCUUGCAACACAUGCCAAACAGGUGACCAGAAUGUUACCUGGUGGAUUAGAUGUACUAGGUGUGUUUGCUGUUGCUCCUCUACAGAUGUUGAGUCGGUCGGAGCAAAAAUUGAGACAGAUGUUAUUUGCAAUCCAGAAACUUCUAAUAAAGGCUCAGUUAAUUUUUACCAAAGACUUUUCCAUCAACGAACGUGUCAUUUUCCAGAUGUGCUCAGUGACCAAAAAAUACACAUGUCGUACUUUAGACAUCUUAAAUCUCAAAAGUUCUCUUCAACCAGCAGACUGGAAAUGCCAACAAAUCACAGACAAUUGGAAUAAAUUAGAAACUACUGUAGCUAUAGAUUUACCAAUUAUUAUAACGAAACAGAUGAAGAGUAGUAACUUUAUUAAGAAAAUUUUGACUGGAAUCCAACCAUUUUGUGACAGUGUUUGGAAUGGAAUGGUUACCAUAGGAAGUCAGUUAAGGAACUCAGAGGAACAACUUUCCAGUAAACCAUCAUGUGAAAAUCAAAAAAUUCAACUCCAAAACAAAAGUUUGAAUCUGAAAAUUUAUAAAGUGAAUUUGUUGUUACCACAUGAGGACAAUCAAUCAGCCGUUGCCAUAGCCGAAUGUUCUUCCAGUUUAUGGAUUCGAGGGGUCAUGACAAUUUGUGCCUAUGUUAAUCCCAAAGCCACUGUCCAAGAAGGCAUACAGGUUGUUAAAUGUGACAUCAUCCGUAGCUUGGUAUCACGCUGUGAGCUGUUGUGUGAAGACAUCGAUGUUAUUGAGGAAGAUGCUGCUACAAAAACUGUGUUUGAUACCCCAGUGCGAGUCUUUGGAACACUUCCUGACAGACCAUUUCAGUUUUGUGACUACAUGUUUCAAGAUGAAGAAAUUGAAGAAACCAUAAACCGAUUCCAAGAAUUACUUGAUGUCACAUUAACAGAACCAUGUCUACAGUUUAACUGUGAAAGAAUUCCUGUUGAUGAUGAUAUUGAGAAACGGCAAAAAAGCAGUGCCUUCCAAUCAACCUCUAAUGUGCCGAUAUAUUUAUCAAAGACAUCGACUGCAAAAUACUAUAUGAGUGCAGUAGUUGCAGCUAUUGUUGCAGCGACAGCCAGCAUCAGUUUCUUCUUCUAUGACAAAGUAUAACAUCAGUUAUUUAACUACAAUAAAAUUUAUGUCAUUUUAUCAAAAAAUG